AAUCAGACGAGGUGACAACUGAAGUAGCAAGGUGAUUAUCAAAUGGAACCAGAGGUUUCAAUGCAUCCACUUCCACAUUACAGGAUGAGUUGGCAUGGAUUCAAAAAAGCCGUUAACCGGGCUGGUACCUCGGUGAUGAUGAAAACUGGUCAUGUUGAACGUACCGUAGACCGUGAGUUUGAAACGGAAGAGCGACGUUACCGAACUAUGGAAACUGCGGCUAAGAAGCUACAGAAAGAAGCCAAGGGUUAUCUAGAUGCACUUCGUGCGAUGACGGCUUCUCAAACGAGAAUUGCUAAUACGAUUGACGCUUUCUAUGGAGAUGCCGGUUCCAAGGACGGUGUAAGUGCCUACUAUCGACAAGUAGUUGAAGAUUUGGAUGCAGAUACCGUGAAAGAGCUUGAUGGACCUUUUCGCACCACCGUCUUGGAACCCAUUUCUCGAUUCUGCAGCUACUUCCCUGAUAUCAAUGCUGCCAUCACUAAACGAAACCAUAAAUUACUGGAUCAUGAUGCCAUGCGCGCCAAAGUACAGAAAUUGGUUGAUAAGCCGUCUAGUGAUUCCUCAAAACUCCCUCGAACGGAAAAGGACGCUGCUACGGCCAAGGACAUUUACGAAACCCUCAAUAAUCAACUCAUCACUGAACUGCCACAGCUGAUUAGUCUUCGUGUUCCCUAUCUUGACCCUAGUUUCGAGGCUUUGGUCAAGAUCCAGCUGCGCUUUUGCCGUGAAGGAUACGAAAAAAUGGCCCAGGUUCAGCAGUACUUUGAUAGCUCAGUCCGCGAAGACUACUCUAAUGGAAUGCUUGAUGACAAAGUGGAACAGGUCCUGCAAAGCAUGCGUGAUCUUUCUAUCAGCGGACUAAGCAAUAAUUAAUGUUUCUCUAACCUUGUUUCCCAUAACCCUUUGUCCUUUUUUGGUCUAUAUCCUUUUUCGUCUUCGCAAGUGCCCUUAGUCCUUUAACCACUUGUAUAUGAUUUGAAAUCUGUCUUGAUUUCCCAAACUUGUUUUCGAUUAUUUUUAUGAGCAGGAUAAUUUCCCAUCAUUAUAGAAUGCACUCAAAUCUUUAGUCUUUUACGACGCUCCUUUUUGGUGAUAAAAAGUUGGUUCAGAUUUUUUUAUUUAUUUAUCACAUAAAUCUUUUCUAGAGUGCAUUCUUAUGACCUAUAUUUCCUUCUUUUCUUAUUCCUAAGUUGUAUAGAGACAUUGCUUGGAUUCUUUCCAACGCACGAUUGAGUCUAUGAUUUGGUAUUUUACGUUUUAACGUUUAAGGCUUUGUAUAAUCAAUCAUUACUGUAUUAAUAGUUCAAUUUUUUUUUAACUCGAAAAA